ACUCCCUGAAAUUAAUUUGAAAUUGAAUUUAUUAAUUGACAUUCCCUAAAAUGGCUUUUCAAUGUCAAUGACAAUUUACAUAAAUUUUAAAAGAAAUUAUGAGUUAUCAAUUAACAGUGAGGUCGCACAUACCUCCAAUUGAUCCGAUAGGCUAUAUGCUAAAGUUAAACUAAUGCAAAAAGCUCUCUGAACCUGUUUGUUCCUAUAUAAGACGAUCCAAAGUUGCGGACAAUUCUGAAUGACUUCUCACGCAAAUACUACGCUCGACCUCGAACACAUUCUAGAACGUGACCUUGUUUAACUCACUAGAACGCGAAAUCGAACACAUUCAAGAACGUAAAAUUAGCUGUGACCACAGCAUUACACAGCAUUAGCAAAACAGCUGCACUUACUUCUUAUUAACUUAAACUACGCUGUUAUUUGCUUUUACAAUGUAUAUGGUACUGUAGUUAUAUUGAAGCAGGUUAACGAAUUAAGGUGAAUGAUAAACAGAGAAUUUGUUUCUAUUCUUGUCACAAAGUAGGGUGCAAUGUAACAUAAUCAUAUUCAUGGGUUAACUAGACACAUGGGCAGAUAGUCUGAUUAACACAUUGAGCGCCGGUGCUCUUCUCUUGACGAGUAAAAUAGCCUGGCGUUAGACAGACUGAUAGUAAAGUGACGCGCAUUCGGGCGCGCUGCAGCUUAAUGGGUUAAAAUAUAGAACAAGAUAGACUAUUUUUCGAAAGUGGCUGGUGCCAUUAAAAGAGAAGUUAAUUCUCAAAGCUUCUAUAAGGAAUUAAAUCCAUAAGGCUGCUAGUCUUAUCGAGAUGUCAUCUAACGAGAUGCCAUGUCAUCCUUUAUGCAUGUUGCUGCCAUGUUACACCCUUUAGUUGAUUUAGUGUCAUCCGGCUGAAUAUUGUAUACUUACCACUUGAUAGGUUUUGAGCAUGACUCGGCGUUACUGAAACAUGAAUGUGCCUACUGCCUUGGACAAAUGCAGGUGUGUACUGCAUGUUUUUACCUGUAUCCUUAAAGGAUAUGGCAUGCAAUGAAAGUUUGCCUCGAUCGUUUGAUAGAUAUUUUAAAAUUUUGUAUAUGUAAAACAAUACUGAUUUUUCAUAUCUUGCUUAGUUCUGUAAAUACUUUGACUGAAAUCAAUGUGCUGUCCGCCAUCUUGAAUUAUAUAGACAUUUAAUUAGUUUGUUAUCUAAUGUUCUAAUUAACGGUGGGGUUAGCCAUGUAAAAAAGUAGGGUUAGCGAUAAAAACAUGGCCUUUUUUAACUAUAUAUAUCAAAGUGCUUUUCUCUGAAAUAUAAGCAAAACAUUCAAUGGAAGAAAAUGGAAUUUAGAAGGGAGCUUUGAGAAUUUAGUUGUGGUGUCUCCCGCGGCCUUACACAGACCCCUUGUCAUAUCUAUACUAAUUAAACUUGACUUUUUCAGGACAAAUAUGCUAUACCAUUUCUAAUAAGGUAUGUUAAACAUUAAUUGAAAACUUGUGAUUGUUACCUCAUGCCAUACAGAUUGCUUUUUGCUAGAUAUAGGAUCGCCAAAUGAACACAUAUACACAACUGCAUGCAUGUUGCUCGAAAACUUUACUUAAGUCUUCAAGAGCGUAAACUCAACUCUCUAACUGCUGUGUUUUUUAACACAUGUUGGACUGUCUGCAUGUGCCAGUGUAGGUAUAUAGUGCCAAUAAUAUGAACAAGCUUUCGUUGGUAGGGAUGCAACUACCUGAAAAAUAUCAGGAGAAUUUCGACCUUUCGAGCGAAGGUCCUUCGUCUGGCUUGUUCUCUAACACAGUCUACAUCAUGUGCACUAUAUGUAUAGGUGAUAGGAUGGUUUCGAGUGCAACUUGGGUAAAACAUGCACGAGUGAGUUUUUCAAAGAGUACUCAUCAAAAUAGCACGAGUCUGAAGGACGAGUGCUAUAGUUGAGGUCUUUGAAAAACUCACGAGUGUUUAUUUUAUCCAAAUUUCACGAGAAACUAUCCUAUUACGUAUUAAUAAUAUACAUCAGAAUGUUCAAGACAAUUAUAGUGUUUUAACUUACGAGUUACGUUAAUACAGCGAACCCGGUCCACUGAAAAAGUUUUUUUGCUUUGUUAUGUCACAUUAGACAACGCUAACGGCUUGAAAAAUUCAUUCAUUACAACUACAGUGCAUGUAUAAGUUUGUUAGUGUUGUUUAAGGUAAAGUCUUAUAUCCAUUUUAAUUAAAAAAAGAUAAAAGUCAUAUUUUCCACUCGAGCUCAACUUUUACUUUAUGUAUACUGUAUAGCGCGGCCGCCAUGUUUGUUUUGUCUUGAAGCAAUCUGUGACCGUUAGUUCAGGACUGCUUUAAGCUGAUUGGUUGAUUUUAAAUCCCAAUUCAUUUUCUACCAAUCAGAUCAGUUUGUUGCAGAUUUUUGCGCUGUUAUUACAGAUUUUUGCACUGCUGUUUUUACGUGUAAACUGAAAGUCGCCGUUAUACAAUGUUUUCAAAUACUGCUGCAGGAACAUUAUGAAACGUCAAAAUAUAUCAUUAUUAUUUUAGAUGACGCUAUACUGCAUGCGAGUGACUGCACACCGUGCAAGCUGAAACAUUUCUUGACCGCAGUGAGAAUCAAAUCCGUGACGUUUGACUUGCUAGUAGCGUCUGCGGAGUAGCGUCAUCUAAGAUAAUUUACCCAAGUUCAAAUUAUUAUUAGGAAAUAAGUAUUUAUUAGGAAAUAAGUAUCCUGGGAAGCUGUAAAGAUUGUUGUUUAAUUUUAUUUGAAUGUUUCUUUUGUUUGUAAGUUCCGUUUGUAUUUUUUUUAAUAUUAGUGAGCAAGCACUCUCCUCCGCAGAGGCUUUGUGUUUUGUUUUGGGUUUUUACGAAGUUUGCAGGCGUGAUAGUCGCAGGCUAGGGGAAAAUUAUAGGGGAUAAAUAGGGAUGAAGGGGGAGAGGCGGAGCGUGGGUGCGCGGGAGAAGACGGGAAGAGAGAAAAAAGAAAAGGAAGCUUCUCAAUUUUCGCUCUUCCUGUCACUCCCCGCGCGCCGUUUCCCCUAACCUGCCUAGCCUGCGACUAUCCCGCCUGCAAACUUCGUAAAACCCCAAAACAAAACACAAAGCCUCUGCGGAGGAGAGUGGUGAGCAAGCGAUGUUUUUGUCAACACGGACGUCACCCGAAAAUUGGUAUAAUUAAUUUUGGCGGUAUUUUGCAUCGUAGCGCUCGUGAAAGGAAGCAAAAAACUUUUAAAGUCUUUUCUUUUGUCACGUGUUGACGAUUGCCACAAACUGACACAAAGACAGUUUUUAAUUUUAAUUUCCCCCCCUCGUCCCUUGCUUAUGCUUCCUAUUUUAUAAAUUAGUUGCUACAGUAGGCUUGCCUGCAAUAUGCUGAAUGGCAAAUAUACCGUAUAUAUUAGACAAAUGUUAAACAUUUAUCGGCACAGUAUUUAAAUUAAUAUACUGUAUGCUCAGCCUCAGUGUUCAGUAUAACGGUCUGCCAUCGGCCCUUUUCCAAGCAAAAUGCUGCUAUCGCCCAUUUUGCGUUAUUAAUUAAUUUGAAUAAUGUCUCUCCUAUUAUAUCGGCCAUCAUGAAAACGCUACAACUAUACCACAAUUUAAUUUUGUCACGAAAAAAUAUUUGUAAUUUAUUCCACCAGAGUGCUGGAGGAUAGAAAUCAAGAACCUAUGGUUAGACACGAGGUACAGUCUACUAAUAUGCCAUGGAAUAAGCUAUGCGUCUUGCUCUGUUAGAUCAAUCUAUCUAAUGCCAGACGAUUUGUGUCGUCAAGGGAAAGUGUUGAGUUUCAGUGGAUAUUAUAACAGUCUAUCAUAAGAGUCUUUUCGAUGUUUUGCAAUAUAUUACGCUUUAUUGCCUAUUAUUCGGCAAUGAGAAUUUAUCUUCUCGGUUAUCCAAUUUUGUAUAAAACAAUGUUAUGGACCUUCGUCGCUUUGGGGACUCCUUUUUACCUGCUCCUUUUUACCCGGGGUACAAUGCCUCUCCCCACCCCCGCCUCUUGGCGGUCCUGUAUAUCACUCUUUCAGGAACUAAGAGGAGCGAACACCAGAGCGUAUACACCAGAGCGAUCGUGCGCCUCAAAAUGCAAUGUCUGAAUCACGAUAAAUUUAAGAACAUAUCGUUCACAUGCAUUCUGUCAUCUAAAGUAUUGAAAGAGCGAGAAUAUUGUGAAUCAUGUUUUCUUUGCUGCAUGCCAGAGCCUAGAUUGUUCCCAUAUGGAUUACAACAGCAUGAAUUACAACAGUACCAUGCAACAACAUUGCAAUCGUCAAUACGACAAGCAAAACAAAAUCUGAAGAACACCAAAAGCCAAACUUCAUUUAAUGCAGUACAAUGACAAGCAUUAUUGUACUGAGAGACAAUCAAAUCCCAAAGCAAACCCCAAACCUAACCUUUAUACCUAUUUGCAAAUGCACGAGUUCUGUAUUAUAUAAGACAACAUAUUUAUAACAUUCUAAGAAUUUUUUAUUUCAGGCAGGCGAAGCCCUGGGUGCGAUAGGUUCACCACAAGUAAUUGAUGUCUUAACAAAGUUUCUCAAAGAUGACCAGAUCGAGGUAAUUGUUUCUUUAUAAUAACAGUCAUUGCAUAAUGUCUAAUAUAUAGUUGAGCGUUUAUAGGGCUUGGAUGGUGAGAAGGUGGUUUUCUGUCAAUUUGGGCGAGGCAUGUGAACCUCUAGAACUGAUAGUAGCUCAGGCGGAACCUAUAAUUUGCCCGUGAAUCGGCUCGCUAAAACCCUAUAUAGCAGGCAAGUGCUGAAUUAAUGUACAUAUAUACAUGUACAGUGGCCCCAGAUCUAGAAAUUGGAUAGCCAGCAAGGGGGGGGGGGGGGCGCGCGAGAAAUACGGAGUUAUCAGCGAAAGGUUAGAUAUCUUAGAUGUGAAUACUGUUGAUUCGCAAUUUGAUUUGCACUGCCCCAUGUCUAGCAAUGACCUAUGCAUACAAAAACAGAAUGAAAAAAUUAUGAUUGAGGGAAAAGUGGUUAAGCCAAACUUUCUAUUGCACAUGCAUUCUUUUAAUUACACAUGCUAAAGUUGUCAAUGUUCAAUCGCUACAUGUUAUUAUUUAUGUUAUUUAAUUUUAUCGUCACUAUAUUAAGAAAACAAUUAACUCUACUUAAUUCAUUAGACCUCCAUAUUGAAUUGGUGUUCAGUCUUCAAUUGUAAUUAUAAACUCUUGACUUGACCCCAUGACAAUCAUAUAGGUUAUAAUGAGUCUUGCAUGGGUUGAGCAGACUCAGCAGAGUUUAAUUUAUAGAUUUUUGGUUGAUCACUGCACCUCGAAAUCUGUCUACCACAAUAAUUUUACGUACAUUAUUACUGUGUUGAUUUUUCGAUCUGUCACGCAGGCUUGAUUUUUUGAGCACUGCUGGAAAAUGUCCGCCAGGAAAUGAUAACAAAAUAUCUUCGCAGGAAAUUUUCUUACACCUUGCAAGACAAAUAUUUUUGCCGUCUUAUAUAGCCUACUACAAUGCCACAUAAUUUACUAAUUAUCAAAUUUGUCGAAAUGUUUAUCACAUGCAAUGUUUCGGUACCAUAACUUCUCCGAAAUCUACCAGCCCUAUGCAGGAAGUUCUCUUUUGACUUAUACAGGGUGUCUAAAAAACGCUAUGGAAAUUCAACAGGCUGUCGCGUGCAUCAUAAACCUAGCUAAACAAUUCAAUUUUUACGUAGGACGAAAGAGCUAUUAUUUAGCUUGUCUUGAUACCUUUUUUAAAUCGUAACGAUAAGAAAUGGCAACAUACUUGUCAAAUAGAAAUUGCCGGUCGAAAUCAUAUAUUCUUCCACCGUUGGAAAUUGAAAAUACAUUAAUUAUGCAAAGUUGGUCAAUCCAAAAGCAACGCGAGCCUGCUGCAAGCUAUUUGUUUCGUACAACGUUUUCAUUUUGAUUACGAAUGUUCUCUGUUCAGGGGUUAAUUGAACCAUGUUUAAUGGACGUUCUUAUGGGGUUAUUGUCUCACUAAGACGAAGAUUGACGAGUUGAGUUCAUUUUAGAUAAUUUAACAUUCAAUUUUCCCUCUUGAGAAUUGUCUAUAUGUUUCGUUUCCAUGCAUUUCCCAACAGUGGAAGAAUGUGAUUUUGACCGGCAAUUUUUAUUUGACGAGUAUGUGACAAUUUCUCAUCGUUACGAUUUAAAAAUAGUAUCAUUGAAAAGCUAAAUAACUGUUCUUUCGUCGCAUGUAAAAAUUUUAUUGUUUAGCCACGUUUAUCAUAGUGAUGCACGACAGCCUGUUGAAUUUCCAUGGCGUUUUUUUUUAGACACCCUGUACAGUUUUGGGUUUUGCUGCCAGGAAGAGAAGUAUAUUUUCCAGGCCUGGUUUUGAGUAUAGGUGGAAUUUUCGAACAAAAAUUUAUAUAUAAUUAUAUUCUAUAGUAUAUAAACGUAGCCGGUAUACAGUAUAAGACACAUUGAAUUGAGAAUGGUUGGCUGUCCAUCCUUUGUCAGGUAGCAGAGACGUGCGAAUUAGCAUUGGAAAGAAUAAAAUGGUUGCAAGAAAGACGGAAACAUGAAGAAGGCAAAAUAAGGUGAGUUGGCUAUAGGUCUUGUAAGUCUGUGUUUUUGGAGAAGGCAAACCAUUACUUUUCAAAUGAGAAGAUCUUCAGCGAUGCAUGCAUGGCCGUUGCGUUGAGCUUACAUCACAAUAUGUAUAAUUUCUAAACAAUAAUGCACGAAUAUUUUACAGUAACGAUAUAACUAGGCAGAAAAGAGGGGGAAAGGAGAACAUGAACCUGCAGCAAAAUUUAUUUAAUAAUUAUUUACAACUCACACGGUGGUGCUAUACGUACUACAAUCAUUGACAAACAUGUUCGGGCAAGAUUCAUAAAUAGCUAAAUCUACCCUCUAAGCAAUGUUGCUGUAUGACAUCGUGUUUUCAUUGAGAACGUACAGUAUUGCACUGCCUGAUACAAUACCAGAACACAACAUUGUUAAAUGGCCACGGGGGUUAAGAGUGUGCAUGCCUGGUGCCCUACUGCCCGAAGGGUUUUGUCAACGAUUGCAGACAAUUUGGGUAAAUAGAAAAGGUAUUAGAGGCUGAGGGAUAAAAAGUAGAGUGUUUUAUGAUUUAAGUGAGAAGAAGCCAACCUCACAAGCGUAGCAUGUGGAGGUAACGAGCCUGGCUUGCGAGGUUGGACGAUGUCUCAAAUUCAUUAAUAAUUUAUGAGUACAGUACAUUUUGUUCACAUGAUGAUACUGGAUGUACCUAGAGUACUGAUCCAGUCCUUCGUCUGGAUAAUGCAGUCCUCAAAUUCGGAUUGGGCGAAAUCGUUUCACAAUAAAUAACGCUUCGAAGUAAAAUAAAAGUGUUGCUAUUGAAGCUUUCAAAUAUGUUUUCGCCAACAGUUCUAAUCCAUACUGUUCAGUGGACCCAGCACCACCGGAUCUCAGCUCAAUGGAUGACGUAGAUUCUCUAAGAAAAACCUUGCUAGAUGAAUCCCUACCGUUAUUUAAAAGAUACAGGUACGUAUAUACACAUUUAACUUUCUUUAGACUGAAUAGCUGUAUCAGAUCAAGAUCAAAGCCUUAACUGUUUUUCCUCUAGAGGUUCGGCAACGUUCAUGUGUUAUUUAACAAAUAUAAAACAUUUUCAGUGUUGAUAUACAGUUAUAUCAACACGAGUGGAAAUUGGAAAACGAGAAAUUGUGUCACACAAUUUCGAGUUUUCCCAAUAUCAACGAGUGUUGAUAUAGCCUAACUAUAUAUAUCAAUACGGAAAAAAGUUUUAUAUUUGUUUUAUAAUAUAGCACAAAGAAAUAUAAAGAAAGAAAUUUUCCGACGUUUCCGUGUUGACAUUGAGUUAUAUUAACACGGCUCUUAGCCAAUCAGCGUUCAGAAUUUACAAAUGCUAUAUUAUAAUGAAUAUUGGUACACGAUUUUAGGAAUUGGGUGACCUGCGAAGGCGAAAUUGUAACUAUAGGUUGGGGCGUAUUUAACAGUUACACUGUUUUGUAGUAAAAUAACAGUUGACUGCAAAUAAUUUCAAUUGUUUUUCUUUGAGACUUUUCCAUGCAAACAAAUUAUAUUGUCAUGAACGGGAAUUAGAAAUUACUUAUUUGUUUGAGCGGAAUGAGAAGAACUAUACAGUUUAUAUUAUUGUAAUGCGAUGAAACCAUAUAUUAAUAUUUCUGUGUCGAAAUACCGGUCGUAGUGGAACCCUUAAAUAAAGCAAAUAAUUUCCUUAAUUUUUUUAGAGCUUUGUUUUCUCUCAGAAACAUUGGUGGAACUAAAUCCGUUGUGGUAAGUUGUUCGGUAAUAACCAUGCAACUCAGUUUCUCAGGAAUUGGAGCAGGACCCUUUCAAGCACAUUGGAAUUGGAACCUAUCCGCAAUAGCCCCAAUUACCUACUCCAUCAGUAAGCACGAAGUUUCUAACAUUUUUAUUCAGGCUUAUAUAAUUAUUGGGGGGAAAUAUUCCCAAUAUGAAAGAAAUAUUGCGUUUACAAGUGUGUGUUUUUUUAUUGUUAUAGGCUCUAGCAGAAGGCUUGGGAUGUAACAGUGCUUUAUUUCGCCACGAAAUAGGUAUGUCAAAUUAACUAACUUGUAUAUUAUUCAGUUUACUUAGUUCCACUAUGAGAAACGUUGUUUAAAAUCACGAUGGAUCUUUAUUCGCACAUACUCAUAUAUAUACUUUCGUACUGUUUUUCCAAAACAUUUUUAAGUGGAAUUUGUUUUUUUGUUUGUGCAGCAUACGUUUUAGGUCAAAUGCAACAUGAAGCUUGUGUCACGCAACUUAAAGAGGUAAGUACCAGUUCCUAUACAUAUGCGUCGUGUGUUUAAAUGAACAGAGGCCAAAAUAAAAUCUAGACCAGCAGUCAGGGCUAUACUUUCCAUUUGCAGGCUUAAGUCUGAGGUUUCUUUUUUCUAGUGUCUUGAGAAAAACGGUGAAAACCCAAUGGUACGACACGAAUGCGCGGAAGCGCUAGGUGCUAUUGCAAAGGUUAGUUUAGAAAUGUGGAGUUUCAAACAAGUUGCAUACGUCAAUGUUGCAAGCAUGAGCACAUGUAUGAAUAGUCAUUGUUAAUAUUACAGGGAGAGUGUCGAGAAAUUCUUGAGCAAUUUGCCCAGGACAAGGAACGUGUUGUCAAGGUAACGGGUCAGUUGUUAAUAAUGUAUUCAGGUUUUUCAAUGUUUUAUGUAGUAUACAUUUGCCUGCUUGUGAAACUAAACGUGUUUACACAGAUUUAUCCCAUGUUGUGGCGCAAUCGUCAGAGCAAGCGCCUUGCACCUCUGAGACAAUGGAAUCAAUUAGCACUGCAGACUCAUGGCACUUAUGGUAAGCAGUAUAAGCGCCAUUAGAAAGCCUUUGAUUCGAUCAGGUUGAGGUUAUUUUCAAGGUUUUUUAUCAGCAUAAUUUGACAAUUGAUAAAAUCACUAAAAACACGAGCACGAGUUAUGAAUAUAUACUCUGAAACAACAAAAGAUGUUCAUGGCAUACGUUUUAAUACGUGUCAUGCAUAAGUUAAUGAAGUUGUGUAGCAUUCCCGCAUUCCCCGUUCCCUAUUUUAAAGAUAGCCCGUUUUUCUUAGUGGUUUUUCUCAAUUCGCAUAUUGUCGGAGAGCGGUCGAGACCUCAGUUUUGGAGACUCACGAAAAUUUUUCAGCAAGCGUAUGUAUGUCCCAUCCCCCCUCUCUCUUUUAAAGGUCGCAAAACCAGCAUUUUUUUUUCUCUCUAAAAAUUCAGUUGAAAGUUGAAGGGAAAUUGUCUCGUGUAAGAUGUAGCCUCUUAAGGUGAUUCAUCAACUUCUCAGAAGAGAAAUGAUUUUUCUCUUAUUUUCUGAUAUGACAUGUAAAACGUAUAGAAGAACAAAGUAUAAAAGUAGGGUCACGGACCUUCUUAAAGAAAUACAAGGAUUAAACAUGCAACAUCAUGAUGUGGUUUAGAGUGUGAGUUGCACAGAGAGCCUCAGCCAGAGUUCUAUCAUUUUCGAAGGCAUAUUUCCUGAGGCGUUCCUAAUCAAUGCAGGGUGUUUUUCUCUUUGCCCAUACUCUUUCUUUAUCACUUUACAUUGCAGUUCGACUACAUAUAUUGUCUAGAAUUUGUUAUUAGAUAUGCACUUUCAAUCACCUUAAUUAAGUGCGCAUUUAUUACACGGCGGAAAAACGUCUGCGCAUGCGUCAACCUUACUGAAAUUUGCCUUGCGAACGUGAUGUCAAGUAUUCCGAAGGUGUCAAAAACUCAAAAUGGAAGCGACAAGCAGCGACUUCGAUGUUUUGCCUUUUCUGUGAAAAUGCAAGCGGAAUAAAGAAUGUGACAACCUAAAAGCUAGAAAUAAUUACAGCCUACAUGCGCAAGAAGUUGUAUUAUGCAAGAAAAUGAACCAAAGGUGACUGUCGAUAAAUUUAUUGUAUAAAACGUUCUUUAACUGAACCAUACAAAGAUAUUUUUCUAGGGUUCAUAUGAUCCAGAUUUUUAUCAAUAAUUUUUUUCGUAGCAUGUAUAGUUUUUGCGUUGACUAUAUAUUUAAGGGUAAUGUGUAAUGAUUUACUCUACAAUUUAAUCAUGUGCGAAUGCUUAACUAUUUGAUAGUUUUCUUAACUUUUGUGUCUUCACACGUCUCCCAGUCUAAAACGAUAAUUUUUAAUUUAAAUUCUUUUUAGAUUUUAAAUGUUAGAAAACUUUUUUCUAAGCUACCCGUCUAGUGUAUGUUUUGUUUUUUCACUUGCCUUAAAUAAUUAAAUAGCCUUGUUUUUGUUUACAAUUUGGCAUUUUAAUUCCUCGUCAUUUUUUCUAGAACACGCGCAUGGGCAGACGUUUUUCCGCGGUGUUGUGUAUUUAUUACCUUAAAUUUGUUAUUUAAUCCUAGGAAAGCUGCCUGGUGGCAUUGGACAUGCAUGACUAUCAAACAAGUAACGAACUGGAAUAUACUAAGACCAUUGAUAAGAUAAAGAAUGGCGUCACUUCUAAUUAAAUAUUCUAUAACUAUAUACAUGACAAAGGGAGCCAGAAUUUUAGACUUGCGUUAAUUGUGUGAUUAUUCUUUAUGGGCUGUUUUUGUGAAGCUGGUUUCGUGAAGCUGGCCGUGUGAGCCGGAUGAUUCUUUUAAAAUAAGAAAUUUUCAUCCCGCUUGCUUGGACGAUUUCGUUGUUCUAACUGUUUCUAACAUUAGCUCGUGACGAUAUUAUUUUCAUCCCCUCUCUCCUCAACGUUCAUAUCAGCAUCAUAACGCCACUCGGUUGACUCCAUAUUUGGUCAGUCAUUAAUUAGUUGAUAUGACGAUUUCGUAGUUGGCUGUUAGCCAAUCAGAAACCAUAAAUCAUCCCCGAGCCGACGGCGCCAAGCGCCGUGCGAGGGUACUAAUUCCCCCGGCUAUUUACACCCGCGGGGAAACGAAAGCAUUGGCGAAGUCUAAAGUUCAUCAAUCAUCGCGGG